AUGAAGCUCUCUCUAGUUCUAGCAACUGUCUGCGCAGCCGCCGUCGUUGCAGAACCUCAAGAUCUCCAGAGCGCCAAGUCCAAUUGGACCGUAGGACAGACGGUCCGGACAUCCAGUGGCCCCGUCAGUGGCCAUCCUGCCUCCAACCAGUCGCAGGUCUCGGAAUACCUGGGCAUCCCCUUUGGAAGACCCCCAGUUGGGAAUUUGCGGUUCGCGGCCCCCGUGCGAUUCAACGGCACGGCCCACCUCAAUGGUUCCGAUUUCGGCUUCUCAUGUCCCGUAAAACCAAGCUCAUCUCCUACCCCUUCACCCCCUGAUCUAGCAGCCGCGAACGUGUCGGUAGUUGGGGUCGAAGUCCUUGGGAUCCUGGGGAACAGCAAGGCAAAAUACAGCGAGGAUUGCUUAUAUCUGAAUGUCUGGACGAAGCCGCAGGUUGGAGAGAGGAAGAAGGCUGUAAUGGUGUGGAUUUAUGGCGGGGGAUUUAACAGUGGUAGUUCCACAAUCAGGGGGUAUAAUGGGGCGAAUAUUGUGGAGUUGGAGGAUGUAGUCGUUGUUUCUAUGAACUAUCGACUUUCCAUCCUUGGCUUCCCUGGAGAUCCAGGAGGCACGCAGAACCUGGGGCUUUUGGAUCAGCGGCUGGCGGUCGAGUGGGUGAGAGACAACAUAGCGGGUUUCGGUGGUGACCCUUCACGGAUCAUACUCUUUGGCCAGUCUGCAGGAGCUGCCUCCAUCGACUACUACUCCUACGCGUGGAAUUCUGACCCCAUAGCUGCGGGCUUCAUCCCCGAAUCUGGAACUGCCUUUUCCUUCGGACUGCCCAACUCCAACUCCAGCGCCGCAGGAGCCUGGUUCAACGUCACCAGCACUCUGGGGUGUGGGAAUGCCACUUCGAACAGCAGCGCCGUGCUCUCUUGCAUGCGGAGCAAAAACUACACCUCGAUCUUCAAUGCUGUGCCUGCAUCAAAUGGAAUCGCUGGUAUCUUAGGUACCUUCGGCCCCACUGUUGACGACAAGGUGAUUUUCUCGAACUAUUCUCAACGUACACCCGUCAAACUCCCCAUGAUGCUCGGGAACAAUAACUAUGAAGCCGGACUCUUUCGUACCGAGUUCGCCUUGGACGGAAUCACCUACCCCGAUGCCUUCUGGGAUACUUUCAACUUACAGGAAUUCACAUGUCCUGCGGGAAUCCGUGCCAACGCCUCUGUGGCAGCGGGCAAUCCCACCUGGCGCUAUCGAUACUUUGGCGUCUUCCCAGAUCUCGCCAUCAGCACGGAGGCCGGGACGUGGCAUGCGGCCGAGGUCCCGCUCCUCUUCGAUACCGUGCCACCGGUGCCAGGGCCGACCAAGCAGGAGAUCGCGAUUGGCAAUUAUAUGCGUGGAGCGUGGGCGGCCUUUGCCAAAGAUCCCGUGAACGGCUUGACGGCUUACGGAUGGCCGUUGUACAAUGCUUCUGCUCCGACCUUGAUCCGACUGGCGUAUAAUAACCAGACAGGCACGAACGCUGCUCUCCCAAGUCUCUAUGAUGCGGCCUGUGUGUAUGUCAACGUGAGCAGCACGAACACGAGUGCAUAUUCCACGCUGCCGAGCAUGCCUACGGCGACUGCUACCCGUGUGCAGGGGAGUAGUACGACGGGAUCUGUGACAGGAUCAGUGACGGCUAAUACAGCAUCGAGUACGCCUACGCAGUCUUCAGAGGGGAGAAGAUUGGAAGCUAGUCUGUACGUCGUUGUGACUGCGGGCUUGAUUGCUUGGAUGCUGUGA